GAUUUCUUCAUUCCCGCGUUUCAGUGUCCGCAUCGUGUCCAGCGUAUUGGCACAUUAGGUGACGGCGGCAAAUGGGUGUGCGGAAUGGAACGCAUUGUCAAGAAAGAAAAAUGUGUCAUUUACUCCGUUGGCAUCAACGGCGAGUCAUCGUUCGAAGCGGCGCUGCUGCAGCGAGCGCAGGGUUGCGAGGUUUGGGGUUACGAUUUCAGUGUGAACAGUUUUGGUCCAGAAAUAGAAACUGUACCUGACCUCAAGAGACGUUCGCAUUUUCAUUCGUGGGCUCUCGGCGGUGAAGACCAGCACGCCGAGACAGACAAUCCCAAAAUGUACACACUUCAAACCCUGAUGCAGAUGAACGGCCACGACUUUAUUGAUAUCCUCAAGAUUGACAUUGAAGGGGCAGAAUUUGAGUCGCUCGCGGCACUUAUCCAGUCAUACGCAUCCACUACACCCGACACACCUACUGUGCUUCCUUUCGGCCAACUGCAGAUCGAGAUCCACGCGCGUCACGGGCAAGAGCAUUUCGCCGAGUUUUCAAACUGGUGGGCAACCUUGGAGCGUGCGGGACUCAGGCCGUUUUGGACCGAGCCCAACCUUGUCUAUGUGAAUUUAGUGAGGGGGGUAGGGCCAGAGCUUGCCGAGUAUUCGUUCAUCAACAUUCGAGGAGACCAUGCUUUAAUCUCCGAUACCUUCUGA